GUAUCUUGGUAUUAUCUCUCUUUCUUAUUCCUAUGAACAUCCACUCUAAUCUGUAUCUCAUGAUGCAUACUAAUCAAACUUUGUUUUAUUGCCAACUCAUUGGGUGAUUCAUUAUAAUAUGUCAUGUCAUCCACUUUCCCUCUUAUGCAGAUGUGUGUUAGAGUGAAGAAAGAGGUUGACAUUAACAAAUCAUAGCAUAGCAGAAGAAGAAGAAGAAGAGAUACAUAGAAAGAAAGAAAAAAAAAAUGAGUUUGAGGGAAGACAAUGAAGAGGGAAGGGAUCUGAAGAAGCCAUUUCUUCACACGGGAAGUUGGUAUCGUAUGAGUGGGAGACAAUCCAGUGUGUUCGGUUCCACACAGGCCAUUCGUGAUUCCUCCAUCUCUGUCUUUGCUUGUGUUCUAAUCGUUGCUUUGGGUCCAAUUCAGUUUGGUUUCACUGCUGGUUACACCUCACCUACACAAUCUGCUAUCAUCAAUGAUCUAGGCCUCUCAGUCUCUGAGUUUUCUUUGUUUGGUUCUUUGUCCAAUGUGGGUGCCAUGGUUGGAGCAAUUGCUAGUGGUCAGAUUGCUGAGUACAUAGGGCGCAAAGGGUCUUUGAUGAUUGCAUCCAUUCCUAAUAUUAUUGGUUGGCUGGCUAUCUCAUUUGCAAAAGAUUCUUCUUUUCUUUAUAUGGGAAGAUUGUUGGAAGGGUUUGGUGUAGGAAUAAUAUCUUACACGGUGCCUGUGUACAUAGCUGAGAUAUCACCUCCAAACUUGCGGGGGGGUUUGGUUUCAGUUAACCAGCUCUCUGUCACCAUUGGAAUUAUGCUGGCAUAUCUGCUGGGGAUUUUUGUUGAAUGGAGAAUCCUUGCAAUUAUAGGAAUUUUACCCUGCACAAUAUUGAUACCUGCCCUGUUUUUCAUUCCCGAGUCUCCUAGAUGGCUGGCAAAAAUGGGAAUGACAGAAGAAUUUGAAACUUCCUUGCAAGUGCUCCGAGGCUUUGAUACUGAUAUUUCUGUUGAAGUGAAUGAAAUUAAGAGGGCUGUUGCUUCAACAAACACAAGAAUUACAGUUCGAUUUGCAGACCUCAAACAAAGAAGAUAUUGGCUUCCCUUAAUGAUUGGAAUUGGACUGCUAAUUUUGCAACAGCUUUCUGGAAUUAAUGGUGUUCUUUUUUAUUCCAGUACCAUCUUUCGAAAUGCUGGAAUCAGUUCAAGUGACGCGGCAACAUUUGGAGUUGGUGCUGUUCAGGUUCUUGCCACCAGUCUAACUUUGUGGCUGGCAGACAAAUCUGGUCGCCGGCUUCUCCUUAUUGUCUCUGCAACUGGAAUGUCUUUUAGUCUCUUAGUUGUUGCAAUCACAUUCUACAUAAAGGCUAGUAUAUCAGAAACUUCUUCCUUGUAUGGGAUAUUGAGCACCUUGUCGCUGGUUGGAGUCGUGGCCAUGGUUAUUGCAUUCUCUCUUGGAAUGGGAGCUAUGCCAUGGAUUAUAAUGUCUGAGAUUCUUCCAAUAAACAUUAAAGGCCUUGCGGGAAGUGUGGCAACACUUGCCAACUGGUUGUUUUCCUGGUUGGUUACAUUGACAGCAAAUAUGCUUUUGGAUUGGAGCUCUGGAGGAACCUUCACCAUAUAUGCAGUUGUAUGUGCCUUGACUGUAGUAUUUGUUACCAUUUGGGUCCCUGAGACAAAGGGAAAAACUAUUGAAGAAAUCCAAUGGUCUUUCAGAUGAAUUUCCUUCUCUAGCAGUUGCUUUUUUUUUUUCCUUUCACAAGCUGAUUUAAGAAUUUCACAUUUUAAUGUAUCUGGGAUUAUCGAGUGAUCCAAGUAUUCAUUUGAUUCCUUCGCUUGAAAAUGGGGAUCCUGUACCGGCGAUAAGUUCUUUGAUGUUUUUUUGUAUGAGUUGGCUUCUUAAACAUUCACUUAGACUAGUGCUCCUGCUGUAUGCACCUUGAAUUGUUCCUCAUUAAUUCAAUUCAUUUUUAUGUUCU